AUGGAGAACGAACGCGCUUUUGUGCUUGUUUCAAGGGUGGCUUCGGUCUUCACUGGAGUUGCUUUAUUCUCGUUGGCGAUCACUUUACCAAUGAUCAGCCAAUAUGUGAACGAUGUGCAAAUGCGCGCCGAACGACAAAUCACCGAGUGCGAGAUUUCUUCUGCUCAAGUGAUGGAGGAGGUCUACUCGUUCCGUCUUCAUCCCGUUAACGAGACUCGUGGAAAGAGGCAGGCGUAUGGAGGAUGCAACGGUUGCUGCCUUCCUGGAGCCCAAGGAGCUCAGGGAGCCGCUGGACGACAUGGAAAACCCGGCCGUCCCGGAGCCCAAGGAGCCCCCGGUGCCCCUGGACGUCCACCAAAAAUCUGCGGACAACGAGCCGAAACCCCUUGCGAGCCUUGCCCACAAGGACCACCUGGACCACCCGGACAACCUGGAGAGAAGGGAUCUUCUGGAUCACCUGGACAGCCCGGAGGCUCUGGCGGACAUGGAUUCCCUGGAGCUCCUGGAAACCCAGGAAAGCCUGGAAACCCUGGAAGCCGUGGACAACCCGGAAACCCUGGACGCCCUGGAAACCCAGCUCCAUCGGAAGCUGCUCGCCCUGGAGCUCCCGGCAGACCUGGCAACAAUGGAGCCCCUGGAGAGGCUGGACCUGCUGGAGGAAAGGGAGCCCCUGGACAGCCUGGAAGAGAUGGAGCACGGGGAUUCCCUGGAGCCGCUGGAGAACCCGGACACGCUGGAGAGCCAGGAAGCCCCGGCGGCCCCGGCUCGGAUGGUCGCUCUGGAGAGCGCGGUAUCUGCCCCAAAUAUUGCUCUCUCGACGGAGGAAUCUUCUUCGAGGACGGAACUCGUCGU